AUGCCGGCGCCAUCAUGGCUGGGCGCUCCGCCCGGCCUCACUGGGCCUGGCCCCGACUCCGCAGCCGCGAAUGCGAGUCGGGCCGGGGGGACGAGUUCUAUCGCCACCCUCAUCGUGGAGAACGUGCCGCUCUGCCUCGGUAUCUGGCCCAGCGUGCUGCUCGUGCUGACGACCGUGAUCGGAGGUCUCUCGAGGCUCUGGGGGCGCUCAACGCGCUGGCAGGCGCACGGGCUGGGGGGCGUCUCGAGCCUCGAGCGCCCGGAGUCGGUCAUCAAGCGAGUCCGACGUCGUGUUCGCGGCUUCGGCGACCGACCGAAAGACAUGGACUGUGCUGGAGCCCUGCAGGAGCUCCUCAAGUGCAAGGAUCUGUAUUCGAACAUGGGCGAGGCUUCUACUCGCCGCGACUAUGAUGCUGACACGCUCAAUGUGUUACGACGUGCGCCACAUGACCGGCCUCGUCAGCUUCGAGACGUCGCCCCUCGGCACGUCACCGAGGCGCUGGACCACUUCAACUCGGACGUCGUUCGGCCCACGCCGAGCAUCCCCGAGGACGAGGUCAUCGUGGAGCCCUACUGGGAUCCUCUCCUCAACCCGCGCGACCCUCGGAACCGACCGCGCCUCGUCGACUUCCUUCGACGACUUGCUGCACGGGGCUUGGUGGAUGGCCGGGCGCGUCGGAAGGCGUGCGUCAGUACCUUCUUCGUGGCCAAGAAGAACGGCGACAUCCGCAUGGUCGUGGACGCUCGUCAGCCCAACCAGCUGCACAAGCUCCCCCCUCGGACUGUGCUGGCAUCCGGUGAGGCGCUGGGCUCGAUCAACUUGCUCGACGCCGUCGGUGCGAGCCCCGAGGACUUGGCGGAUUUCGAUGGCUGCUACGAGUCGCUCUGCGCAGGCUCCGUGGACCUCAUGGACGGGUUCUACCAGUUCGCCGACCCCUCGUGGGGAAGCUGGAUGUGCUUCGACGUGGAGGUCACCGCCGACGAGCUCGGGCUCGACUCGAUCUACGACGAGAAGCUCGGACGGCGCGUGGCUGUGUCAGGCGACGACGUCAUCUGGCCCUGCUUCGCGGCGUUGCCCAUGGGCUGGAGCUGGGCGCUCUGGAUCUGCCACGAGGUUCUCGUCGACGCGAUGGACGAGGCGGGCCUCCCAGGCGACGGCUGGUGCCUUGACAAAGCCCGUGCGCCGACUCUCGUCGGACAGGCUGUCGUCAGGGCGCCGUACGUCGACAACGGGAAUCUUGUCGCGCUCAGCGCGCCGGCGCUCAAUGACCGGCUGGACAAGCUCACUGCUGAACUGGAUCGUCGUGGGCUUCGCUGGCACGAGCUCGAGCGCGCACAGCCCGGCCUUGUCAUUCUGGGGCUGGUGCUCGACGGGCGCGAGGGCCGACUCAGGCAUACUGCCAAGCGUGCCUGGAGGCUCUACCUGGCUCUGCACCACGUGCUUCGGACGCCAUGGCUCGCCCGCUGGCAGCUACGGCGGAUCGUCGGUCACCUGGUCCACUACUUUUCCGUCGUGCGCCCCGGGCUCAGCGUGCUGGGGUCCUGCUACACGUUCAUCGGAGACGGCGACCUGUCCCCUGUCGUGCGCUUGCCUGGAGAUGUUCUCGGUGAGCUCGCAGUGGCUGCAGGCCUCGUCUUCCUCGGCGAGGUGGACCUGUGCCGCGUGCCGUCCGACGUCGCCUUCACGACCGACAGCUCGCUGCGAGGCUAUGCCGUCUGCGAAGCCCGACUGGAGCCGCGGGAGGUACUGGCGGCCACCAGAUGGCGCGAGCGCCAGCGGUUCGUCGCCAUCGAGCCCGAGGUCGCGCCCGACGACGAGCAUUACGAAGGGCGGGCCGCCGGCUUUUGCGACAUCUCCGGGCCACUGCCCGUCGAGGUGCCGCCCCGGCUGCGGCACGCCGUGGCGAAGAGGCGCCGGGUCGAGCUGGAGAUCGGAGUCCCGCCCGAGCCGCUGGCGGCCGCUCUGCUGGACGCUGGCCGCUGGGUGGAGCGCCGCCGUGGCGCGUGGCGCCGACCGGGACGCAUCCACGCCCUCGAGGCGCGCGCCGCCGUCGCACCGCUAUGGAGAGCGGCAGGCGACGUCAACUUCCACGGGAAGGAGAUCCUCAGCCUGUGCGACAACAUGUCGUCGGUCCUCGCCUUUGAGAAGGGCAGGGCCACCAAUUUUGAGCUCCUGGCGCAGUGCCGCCGGGCUGCGGCUGUCUGCCUCGGGUGCGAGAUCCGCUGGCGCCCGAGGCACGUGCCAGGCAUACACAACGUCGCGGACCACGGGAGCCGGGCGGCCGACCGUGGGGAGCUCCUCGCGGGACGCUACCGCGGACGGGGCGCCCUGUCGUCGCCCACCAGCGGCUGCCGCCGUUCUCCCGUGGUCCCGCCUGCCGCGGGCAGGGCCGAGGCCCCGCCGACCGCGGUCAUCGAGUUUCAGAUCGGACGAGAGCAGGCCGAGUCGCUGGGCAUGUUCGAUGCCUCCCUGCUGCACUCGAGCCUCCUGGAGUUCCUCUACGGGGCCCACGUGGACAUCUUGGAACACGCGAAGGUCCUCAACCGGACCCUCCUGAGCGCCCUCGGCCUCCUGAAGUUCUUCAACAGGGCCCACCUGUACACCUUGGGCCACACGAAGAGUCUCAACGGGCACCGGCUGAGCGCCCUCGGCCUCCUGAAGUUCCUCGACGGGGUCCCCUUCGUAAAGUGGGUGCCCGUUGGGGGCACCCGCGAUCCAUUGCCGGCAGACCGCGCGCUCGUGGCGUUCACAGUCCGUGCCUUACGGCUCUGCCGGACCCUCGGGAUCUUCGUCACCUUCGAGAACCCGCCUGCGAGCCGAGUCUGGAAGUGGCCCGCGUUGCAGCGCGAGCUGCAGCGCCUUGCCUGGCCGAAGGUGCUGUUUGACUCGUGCAGGUUUGGCGCGCCCUUCAAGAAGCCAGGCGCGCAGGCCGAGGCCAACGUGACCGUGUCCCCCGUCCAGUGGCCGUGGCCGCCCGGCGCCGCCGAGCGCAGGCUGCCGCGCGCGGAGACGUCGCUGCCAGUCAGCGGCAAACCAACCCGGGGGGAGUACCUCCGCCUGGCCCCGCUGCAGCCAUCCACAGUCGACAGCUACACUUCCGCCGUGAUCGGGCUGACCGACUACGCCAAUCGCCGGAGCCUGCUGCUGACCACGCCCGAGCUCACAAACGAGACGCUCGUCUUGUGCUUCGAAGACUCGUUCUUUGGAGAACAGCAGGACGAGGGCGGCUUAGAGGCAGAUGACGACAUCCUGGGGCGCACGGGGGGGCCGGCGCACCACCGCUUCGGGCCUGGAGCCGCGCGGCGCCUUUACUGGCGGGAGGACUUCGCCGCGGCACCGUGGCCGAGCGCCAAGCUGCAGCGCAUAGCCGAUUCCCCGGUGGUCUGGAGGCCCGAGUGGCGCGUGGGUCCAGAGGACCUUUUGACGAGGGCCCUGCGGAGCGCGCCGCUGCGGGGGGCGUCCUGUCCUGGGCGGUGCAGCCGAAAGAUUUCGCCCUCGGCGAGGGCUUCGAGCUGA